GGGCACCUCCCAAUAUCCCUGGCAAGCCAGUAGUGGAGCCUCUGGGUACUCCCCUCCCUGGAGGUGGAUACCCCAAGAUGGGUGCUGGGCCUGAGUACCUAUUGGGUCAAGAGUUUGCCACCAUGAUCAAGGCUUGGGCAGGCCUCCUGGGCCAUCGGUAUGGCCAUCAUACCAUGUGUCUUCUUGGGGCCGCCCCUGCUCUGGAAGAACCCAUGUGCUUGUGGUGCCUAACACUCCACUGGGUCCAGGAGAAAGAGGCCAGUGCAUGGCCACAGCUGCCUGGCCCAGGAAGUGGAGACUCAGCACUGACCAGAGGCUAGGCAGUGGCAGGACUGGACCCUAGCCUCCUCAGCCUUUCUUGGGACCUAGUGGCCCCCAGUCUCUCCUCUGCCCUGCUGGGUCCUUUCUUCUGCUGCGUAUCCCAGUCACUUAUUGCCUAGGAAAUGAGGACACACCCAGAGGAGUAGGCUGGACUGCCCCUGGGACAUUCUUUCUGCAGAGGAUGGGGCUUUGUGAAGGGUACCAGUGACGGAGAGACAGGACCUCUUGUGUCCAGGCCUCUGGGGAGGACGGGGUUGUGCUCUGCUAGUGGGCAGUUGCCUUGGGCUUAGAGCCUUGUGCAUGUGCAUGCACGUGCAUGUGGAAUGGGGGUGUAUAUGUGACACAUGUAUUUGCGUGGGAAAGCUGGGAUGCCAAAGAGGAGUUGGGAAUCCACUGGGAUGACCUCUACAUAAAAACAAGGCAUUUUUGUAAUGGAAACUCACAGGAGUCCCAGGAGCUAAGAGUUGGUCACUCAGAGAUGACACUUGAGUGUCGAUGGGUUCCUGUGGGUCCCUCCUCCUUUGUGUUUCCUAGCUUCUUCUAACAGGGAGCACGUGGGUGGUGUGGUAGGCCCAGAAUAGCAGUGCUUUAAUGAGAUUACCCAGUUAGCCUACAUUGGGGAUUAGGAAAGCAGUGUCCUCUGGGGGCCCUGUUGGAGAUGGGCAGCAGGGCGUCCCUAAAUCAAGCAGCCUGUCCCUCCUGGACCUCACUGCCAGUGUGCUGGCCACUGAACUGCACCUUGGGGGCCUCCACACUUUACUGGGGGACACCAGGUGGCCUACGGAGCCAGGCCUGCAUAGGGAGCUGCCUGAACUCCCCCACGCCCAUCAGAGGUGUCCCUCGGAGGCCUGAACCUGGACCUGGCCCUCCUACCAUCAUGAAGGUGGCUGGGCACGCAGGCUGCUUCUGAGGAGCCAGGGACAGCCUUCUCUUCCCUAAAGCCCCAAGUGGGCAGGACUGACUGCCCUGGGAGGAGUUUAGUGCUUAGAGGCCUGAGCAGGCUGGGAUUACACACACCUCCCAGCUCAUCCUGAAUAGCCCCAGCUGACUGAGGGGGCUGAACCCUACCCAGGAGGGAUGUCAGGACCAAGGCCUGUUGUCCUGAGUGGACCUUCUGGGGCUGGGAAGAGCACCCUGCUCAAGAGACUUCUGCAGGAACAUGGCAGCAUCUUCGGGUUCAGCGUGUCCCACACCACGAGGGACCCGAGGCCCGGAGAAGAGAAUGGCAAAGAUUACUACUUUGUGUCCAGGGAGGUGAUGCAGCGGGACAUUGCCGCCGGGGACUUCAUUGAGCACGCUGAGUUUUCAGGGAACCUUUAUGGGACUAGCAAAGCAGCCGUGCGAGUGGUACAGGCCAUGAACCGAAUCUGUGUGCUGGAUGUGGACCUCCAGGGUGUUCGGAACAUAAAGAAGACUGACCUGAAGCCCAUCUACAUCUUUGUGCAGCCACCCUCGCUGGAAGUCCUGGAGCAGAGGUUGCGGCAACGGAACACAGAGACAGAAGAGAGCCUGGCCAAGCGGCUGGCCGCUGCCCGGGCAGACAUGGAAAGCAGAAAUCAAGAAGGCCCAAGGGACUGGCCGCUCUUGAGGAUACCAACGGCUGUGUCCUCCCUGGACAGGACCCUGCACCCACUCUGGUGGCCAGGGUGUCCCUGGCAAGAUGGCUCUGCCUGCCUCUCUCACCUUGCUCCCCAUGCCUAUUUCUGGGUGCCCCCGAUCAGUCCCACUCUCCUGUGGGAGUUGGGCUGGUGUCCUAAUAAAGAGCUGCUGGUGAGAGUGGCCUUGAGCCCAUGGAUUGCUGCCCUGGCCCUGUGUUCUUCGUGCUGCGCUGCCACUCCUGGUGGCCACCUCCUAAAUCACCAGUCCCAGAAGGGCUGUGGGCUCCAGGUCCCCCCAUGUCUGCUACUCUGGGAUGUAGGCCAGUGAGGCUGCUCCCCAACAGCACACGACUCCU